AUGAUUGACGAUCAUCAUCAGAAGAUUGCGCUUGGCAUUGUGGUCGCGUUUCCGAUUCUCGGCGGCAUUGCUGUUCUUUUGCGCCUUUGGGCUCGGUCUUUAUCGAGAUCUGCGCUAACAAGUGAUGACUAUUUUAUCUUUGCGGGAUAUAUCCUCGCCGUCUCGCAGUCCAUUACUUCGUGGUAUUACAUCAAGACAAACUAUGUUGGCAUCCAUGUGUGGGAUAUACCCAAAGACUAUGAUGUCCAAAAGGGCUUAGUUUGGAACUACGCGAAUCAACUCCUCUACAACCCAUGCUUGACACUAAUCAAAGUUUCAAUUCUGAUGUUCCUACGUCGAUUGGACUCUCGGUCUCGCAUUGUUAAUAUCUUAAUAUGGACAUCCCUGGGCGUUGUUACAGCCCUCUUCCUCGCUGUCCUCUUCGUCGACAUCUUCCAAUGCCACCCCAUCGCCUACAAUUGGGACAUGACGAUCAAGGGUGGGAAAUGCAUUGAUCAGGGCGCAUUCUACGUCUCUACCGCCGCCCUAAACCUCUUCACCGACCUGAUGGUGAUCUCCAUCCCCAUCCUCAUCACCUGGAACCUUCAAAUGCCGCUCCGGAGAAAGAUAGCCGUCUGCUUCAUCCUCUGCCUCGGAGGAGUAGCAACAGCAAUCGGCGUCUGGCGCAUCGUAAUCCUCGCAAAAGCCUUCUUCCCCACCGGCCCCGUUCCCGACCCCACAUUCUCAAUCGGCUUCUGCAGCUCCGCCGUCGAAGUGAACGUCGCAGUCAUCACAGCGUGCGCACCCUCCAUGAAAUCAAUCGCAAGCAAAUUCCUCCCCCGUCUGCUCGGUACGUCACGGAACGGGCACUCCGGCUACGCCGGCAACACCACGGGGAAUUCGCGCCGCAAAGCCCGCUUCUUCCACAGCAUUACGAAGUCGAGUCAGCUGCACUCGGGGACGGAUGAUGGGUACGGGGAUGGAUAUGAGAGGGCGGACCCGGCGCGGGGCAAUCAUGUUGAUGUUGUCGGCGCGGGGGAUUCGUUUGAUAUGCGGAAGUAUAGACGCGGUGGUGAUAGUCCGUCGGUUUCGAGUGGUAGUUUGGAGCUGGCUUGUGAGGGGGUUCCGGGGAUUGUGAAAACUACGGGUGUUUUGGUGCAGUAUAGUGUGGGUGAUGAUACGAGUAGUCAGGCCGAGGAGGGGAGGUCGAGGCAUGAGAAGGAUGUUAGUGUGGAUAGCUUGGUCUAG